GUGGUGGUGUGGGUCUAUGCCAUUUCGAAAUUGAGAGGGAAUAGAGAGAGAGAGAGAGAGAGAGAGAGAAGGGCAUGAGGGCAUGGCGAGCCUGUCGAGCUUGGUGCGCGAACUCCGAGAACGCAUAGCUGCUUCCUCUUCAACUCCUCCAACCAAUGUAGACGACGAGGCUUUGGAUGCUAGAUUCCGAGCCGUCCUUCCUCAUCUCCUCCACACCUACGUCGUCCCUUCUCCUUCUGCCAGGGAGAGGGAAGUCAUAGCUGUUUUAAAGCUCCUCUCUCAUAUUGCAAGGAACUUUCCAGGGGUCUUUUACCAUGGCAAGCCCAGCGCUAUUCUACCUGUCGUUGGUCGAAUUUUGCCUUUCUUUGCAGAAUCUGUGUUUCGAGUAACUGUUUUCAGUUCUAGGCAUGGUGUGAUUUUUGAGACUGUUGGAUCGCUUCUAUCUCUGCUUCGUACUGGAGCACGGGAUGCUUAUCGUCUGUUUUUCAUUGAUGCCAUGUUAGCGGUUGAAGAUAUUUUGUAUGUUGCAUCACUCUGUGCUGACAAUACAAGCAAUACGGUAUCCACAGGAUUGACUUUAAGGUGUUUUUGCAAGUCAUUUGAUGGAAUUUUCAGUGAUCCUGCUCAUCUUGGAGAUCUUCCAGCAAGUAAUAAACCUGUAGAUGGCACUGGUAUCUUGAUUAACCUUACAGGAAAACUAAGGUGGCAACCUUUUGCAACUUGGAUGAUUAAGCUUCUUGGUAAAUGCUUAACUGAAGGAACUCUCUAUGUGGAAGGACUUAUUGAUGUGCCACUUAUUAUGGCUGCAUGUUCUCUUUUAUGUUAUGGCGAUGCUGAUUUGCAUAUGGCAUGUUUUGAUUUUGUAUGCAUCAUUGGAUCGGUGGUAAAUUUUGACAUUCUUCCUCAUCAAAAUAUUAUCCAGUCGAUGUGUGUGAUAUUAAAUGAGGACAAAGAAGGGCUUCCUGUAUUUAGAAACACGGUAUACGAUUCAUCCUUGGGUGGUUGUCUGAAUGCACUACACUCGGGUUGUCCUGAUGAUGUUGUCAAGCUAACAGCUGCCGAUUUGGUCAAUGUAUUUCCACAAUCAAUGAGAAGAACUAAAAGCCAGGAGCUUAAGGUUGCAUUAUGCAGUGCAUACAUACGAAUUGCAAAGAUUUGUUCUCCACAUGUAUGGAGGCCAGAAUCUCUUGUUUCUACACUUUUCCUUCUAGAACCAUGUUUCCCACUAAUAGAUUGCUUUCAAGUGGCCCUGUCUAUACUUGGUCCCUAUCACAUUGGAGGACAAGUGACGAGUGAUAGUGAUGUGGGCCAAUUGACAGUAGAUGUUCUUCAAGUUGAAAAUUUCAGGGUUGGGGAAAAGAGACCUAUUCAUGAUGUGGAUGCUUUCAAGACUAAACGCCAAAAAGUAGAUGAAGAAGCUAUGGCUUCUGAUACUAGUAUUCAGGUGGAGCAAAAGCACACUCAUGUGGUUACCUGUGAAGGAAGUGACGAUUAUGCAACAUAUAUACGUGCUUCACUUGUUUCUUUUGUUGAAUUUUUAAAACCUCCUAUGGUUAAACCUGAUACUUUAAGACCGGAUCUUGCAUUAGGAGCUCUUAGCAUGCUUUGCAUUGCCUUCUGUAGAUAUCCAAAUACCAAUCUGUCACUCAGAAUCUUUCAACAGAUGUUCUCAUGGUUGCCCUGGAUAGUGGAGCAGUCAAAGCAAGGAAAUUCUAUCACACUGGACAUUUCAUUCUACCUGGGAGGAAUUCACAGCAUAUUACUUUUGCAAAUAGGUACUGAUUUCAUGAAUAGUAAGCUGUUGCAAAUCAAGGAUGAUGAUGCCGAUCUUGUACAUAUACUGCUAAAGUUGCCAUGGAGCCAUUCAUUUGCAUUUACUGAACCAAAUCAUCUUUGGAAAACAAAGUGCAUUUCUAUUCAAGUGGCAUGCAAGCUUGUUCGUAGCAUAAGAUCUGAAACUGAUCUUGAAAUCUUGGAUUUGGGUCUUCAUGAUGAGACUGAGGAAGUUCGAUAUGAAGCAGUGAUAUCCAUGCCGGUGGUUGUCUUUUGGUCUGGUCUUUGUGUGCUAUCACAUAUAUUCAGAAUGCUGGAGUUCUUGGGGGGAGAAAAACACGAAAAGGUUAAGAAUAUUAUUCCGUUUUCUCUUGGCUACUUGUCAUGCCUUUAUGGAUCUUGUCAUGCUGGAUAUGAAUGCAGAUUAUAUUUGAAUAUGAACAAUGAGAAACACAGUGAAACGGUAGACUAUUUACUGCAAGGAUUUUGGUGUCCAAAGUGUGACAAAAGUGUUCAUGGUAAUAAUAAGCCUUGUUCGAAAACCUUGGUGCCAGAUAUGCACGGUAGGAAAAUUAGUUUGGAGGACUGUAAUUUCAUCCAUCUACAAUCUCUCUUUUUUGAACUUAUCUAUGAUGAGUUGUCAGAAGACGUCCAAGUUUCUUGCGUGCAAAAUAUGCGAAGGAUCCUUAUACAUGUAACCACCAAUAUUCUGACUGAAACAGGAUCGGAAUGGAUCAGAUGUAUUGAAUUUUUACUCCUUAAUAAAAAGAAGGCCGUUAGAGAAGCCUUUUGCACUCAGAUUAGCUCAUUCCUAGAGGAUUCUGUUUUGAAUUGUUUAUUUUCUGAGGGGGUCGAGCCAAAAAAAAGUAACGAGCAAAAGUUUAUGGACAUGAUUAAACAUGCAUUGGCAGCAACAGAAGAUACUCAAAUCUUUGAGACUCUUUUGGAAUCUACCGCAGAAAUAAUUAUUGCAGUUGAUCAUCGCAAUCAACUGUUCUUGUUUUCUCUUACCUUACUGGUUGAUCAGCUUGAUAAUGUACACAUGACAGUGAGAACGAAUGCAUCAAGGUUGAUACAUAAAGCUUGCCAUAAUAAAGGAGGACUUGAACUAAUUCUUUCAAAAGUUGUUCAUGUUCGAAAUGAACUAUUUGAUUAUUUGUCUGCAAGGCUCUCUAGCCGUCCAAUAAUGAUCAGAGAGUUUGCAGAAGCAGUUCUUGGUGUUGAAACCGAAGAACUUGUCAAGAAAAUGAUUCCUGUUGUCCUGCCCAAGCUCGUGGUUUUGCAUCAGGAUAAUGAUCAAGCAGUUGACACCUUGUAUGAGUUGGCUAAGUGUCUAAACACUGAUAUGGUGCCUCUAAUAGUUAAUUGGAUACCAAAAGUGCUAGCUUUUGCUCUCCACCAAGCAGAUGGCCAAGAGUUGAUACCUGCUUUGCAAUUUUAUCAGACCCAGACAGGUUUUGGCAAACAAGAAAUCUUUGCAGCUGCAUUACCUGCACUCUUAAAUGAACUUGUAUGUUUUUUGGAUGACAUUGAUUCAGAUGAAAUAGAUAGAAGGCUAGCAAGAAUACCUGAGAUGAUUAAAGAAGUUGCUAGGGUUCUGACUGAUACUGAGGAUCUUCCGAACUUUUUGAGGAAUCACUUUGUUGGCCUCCUUAACAUUAUUGACAAAAAGAUGCUCCACUCAGAGAACUCCUCUCUGCAAAAACAAGCUUUAAAGCGUAUUGAGAUGCUGAUUAAAAUGAUGGGUUCUCAACUUAGCACAUAUGUGCCUAAACUGAUGGUUCUUCUUAUGCAUGCGAUUAAGAAGAAAUCGCUUCAAAGUGAGGGUAUUUCCUUAUUACAUUUUUUCAUUGAGCAGUUGGCAGAAGUCUCACCAUCUAGCACCAAAUAUUUGAUUUCUCAAGUUUUUGCUGCUCUUCUUCCCUUUUUAGAGAGAGAUAAAGAGAAUCCCACUGCACAUUUAGAUAAAGUGGUAAAAAUAUUGGAAGAACUUGUACUGAAAAAUAAGAUUUUCUUAAAGCAGGAUAUCUGUGAGUUCCCUCCACUGCCCAGUAUUCCAGCUCUAUCAAAAGUUAACAAAGUUAUUCAAGAAGCCCGGGGUUCAAAGACAUUGAAGGAUCAAUUGCAAGAUGUUGUUGAUGGUUUGAAUCAUGAGAACUUAAAUGUGAGAUAUAUGGUAGUCUGCGAGUUGACCAAGUUACUGAACCUGAGAAGAGAUGAUAUUACAGCAUUGGUAACUGCUGAAGGGGGUAGAAACAUGGAUCUUUUGAGCUCUUUGAUCACAUCCUUACUAAGAGGAUGUGCUGAAGAAUCAAGGACCAAGGUGGGGCAGCAGCUGAAGCAGGUCUGUGCAGAUUGCCUUGGGGCACUAGGUGCAGUUGACCCUGCAAAAGUCAAGGGCAUUUCAUGCCAACGCUUCAAAAUUGAAUGUUCUGAUGAUGACCUUAUUUAUGAAUUAAUUCACAAGCAUCUUGCUAGGGCUUUUAGAGCUGCACCUGACACUAUUAUUCAAGAUUCAGCUGCAUUGGCCAUACAGGAGCUGUUAAAGAUUGCAGGUUGUGAGGCAUCACUAGAUGAAAAUGCUACUGCUUCUAAUGCAGAAUCACUGAAGGAUAAAGAAUCUCCAAAGCUUGCUGCAGCUGGAAUUAACGGUACCAGUAGUAGCACUGAGAUGAGUAGGAGAGGUCAGAGAUUGUGGGACCGAUUCUCUAAUUAUGUUAAAGAGAUAAUAGCCCCUUGCUUAACCUCUAGAUUUCAAUUUCCAAAUGUUGCUGAUUCGGCAUUUGUUGGACCAAUUUACCAACCAUCUAUGUCUUUUAGAAGAUGGAUAUUUUUGUGGAUUAAAAAGCUGACGGCACAUGCAACUGGUUCUCGUGCAAGUAUUUUUACUGCUUGUCGAGUUAUAGUGCGUCAGGAUAUGCAGACAGCAGUAUAUCUGCUGCCUUAUCUAGUUCUUAAUGUUGUUUGUCAUGGAAGUCAGGAGGCACGUUGUGGAAUAACAGAAGAAAUCCUAACUGUUCUUGCUGCUGUCUCAGAGAAUAGUGGGGCUGCAGUUUAUGGAGUUAAUGGUGGGCAAAGUGAAGUUUGCAUUCAAGCUGUGUUCACUCUUCUUGAUAAUCUUGGCCAAUGGGUGGAUGAUGUUAAACAAGAAUUGGCUCUUUCUCAAUCUUUUCAAUCAUUAUCUUCUAAGCAACAAGCAUCCAAGCUAAAGGAUCAUGGCCAAAAUUCUUUGGUGGAACAGGACCAACUCCUUGUACAGUGUAAAAAUGUUUCAGAGCUUUUGUCUGCAAUUCCAAAGGUAAGACUUGCUAAGGCCUCCCUUAGAUGUCAGGCAUAUGCAAGGUCUCUAAUGUACUUUGAGUCUUACGUUAGAGGAAAGUCAGGUUCUUUCAACCCUGCAGCUGAGAGAAGUGGCAUUUUUGAGGAUGAAGAUAUUUCGUAUCUAAUGGAAAUAUAUAGCUGUCUUGAUGAGCCUGAUGGUCUAUCUGGGCUGGCAUCUUUACGUAAAUCUUUGGGAUUACAAGACCAGCUUUUAAUCAACAAAAAGGCAGGAAAUUGGGCAGAGGUUUUAACUUCUUGUGAGCAAGCUUUGCAGAUGAAACCCACUUCGAUUCAAAGGCAUUCAGAUGUUCUUAAUUGUUUACUAAACAUGUACCAUCUUCAGGCAAUGGUUACUCAUGUUGAUGGUUUAAAUUCUAGAAUUCCUGAAUAUAAGAAAAUGUGGUGCAUGCAAGGUGUGCAGGCAGCAUGGAGACUUGGCAGGUGGGAGUUGAUGGGUGACUACCUUAGUGGAGCUGAUGAAGAAGGUUUACUUUGUAACAUUUCUGAUAGUAAUGCCUCAUUUGAUAUGGAUGUUGCAAUGAUUCUCCAGGCUAUGAUGAAGAAAGAUAACCAGUUAUCAGUUUCUAAGAAAAUUGCCUUGUCCAAGCAGGCUCUGAUUGCUCCUUUGGCUGCUGCAGGAAUGGAUUCCUACAUGCGGGCUUACCCAAUUAUUAUGAAACUUCACUUGCUAUGGGAGCUGGAGGACUUUCACACUCUUCUUUCUGGUGACUCUUUUUUGGACAAAAAAUUAAAUCUUGGUGAUUUGAGAUUCUCAAAAGUGAUACAAAACUGGGAAAAUCGUCUCCGAAUUACGCAGCCAUCACUAUGGGCUAGAGAACCACUUCUGGCUUUCAGAAGAAUAGUUUUUGGUGCCUCUGGGCUUGAUGCUCAAGUUGGUGACUGCUGGCUUCAAUAUGCAAAGCUCUGCCGCAUGGCUGGUCAUUAUGAGACAGCAAACCGAGCAAUCCUUGAAGCCCAAGCUUCAGGUGCACCUAAUGUUCAUAUGGAGAAGGCUAAGCUUUUGUGGAGCACCAGACGUUCUGAUGGUGCCAUUGCAACGCUGCAACAAUCUCUGUUGAACAUGCCUAUGGAGGUUGUAGGUUCUGCUGCAAUAUCAUCAAUUACUAGUCUUUCACUGGUUCCACUGAACCCACCACCUUUAGUUUGUAAUACUCAGGCGUUGAAUGAGAAUCAAGAUAUUGCAAAGGCCCUUCUCCUCUAUUCUAGGUGGAUCCAUUAUACCGGACAGAAGCAGAAAGAAGAUGUAAUAAAUCUUUAUUCAAGAGUGAGAGAACUGCAGCCCAAGUGGGAGAAAGGGUUUUUUUAUAUGGCUAAAUAUUGUGAUGAAGUUCUUGCUGACGCCAGGAAACGCCAGGAAGAGAAUUUUGAACUAGGCCCCAGGACAAUAUCAUCAACUAGUGCUGUUGUUGUCUCGUCAAAUUUAAUCAAUGAGAAGCGUUGGUGGUCAUACAUGCCUGAUGUUCUUUUAUUUUAUGCCAAGGGGCUUCAUAGGGGUCACAAGAAUCUCUUUCAAGCGCUUCCUAGGCUGUUAACCCUGUGGUUUGACUUCGGGAGUUUUUAUCAAAGAAGCGGUGCAUCAUCUAAUAAGGAUCUGAAAAGUGUCCAUGUAAAGGUAAUGAGUGUUAUGCGAGGCUGCUUGAAGGAUUUGCCAACAUAUCAGUGGUUAACAGUACUGCCUCAGUUGGUUUCCAGAAUUUGCCACCAGAAUGAAGAAGUUGUUCGGUUGGUCAAAUCUAUAAUCACCUCAGUUCUGCGGCAAUAUCCACAACAAGCCCUUUGGAUUAUGGCAGCAGUCUCAAAGUCCACUGUUCCUUCUAGGCGGGAGGCGGCAGCAGAGAUCAUACAAGCUGCACGGAAAGGGUUCAACCAGGGAAAUGGUGGCAGCAAUUUGUUUAUUCAGUUUGCCAGUCUGGUCGAUCAUUUAAUUAAGUUGUGUUUUCAUGCUGGUCAGUCAAAAGCAAAGACAAUUAAUAUCUCAACUGAAUUUAGUGCCUUGAAGAGGAUGAUGCCGCUGGGAAUUAUAAUGCCCAUUCAACAAUCUCUUACUGUUAAUCUACCGACAUUGGAUGGGAAUCUCGCUGACUCUUCUGAUAUCUUUUCUGUGGCUGAUCUUCCUACAGUAUCAGGAAUAGGUGAUGAGGCUGAGAUUCUUUCAUCACUUCAGCGACCUAAAAAAGUUGUUCUAUUGGGCAGUGAUGGCAUCCAACGUCCAUUCCUCUGCAAACCCAAGGAUGAUCUUAGGAAAGAUGCCCGUAUGAUGGAGUUCACUGCAAUGAUAAAUCGUUUGUUGUCCAAAUAUCCAGAGAGCCGACAGAGGAAGCUCUAUAUUCGCACGUUUGCAGUGAUUCCUUUAACGGAGGACUGUGGCAUGGUAGAAUGGGUGCCUCAUACUCGUGGACUUCGGCAUAUCCUUCAAGACAUAUAUAUAACCUGUGGGAAAUUUGAUAGACAGACGACAAAUCCUCAGAUUAAACGGAUUUAUGAUCAAUGCCAAAGUAAAAUGCCAGAAGAUGAGAUGCUAAAGAACAAAAUUCUUCCAAUGUUCCCUCCUGUUUUCCAUAAAUGGUUUUUGACCACCUUUUCUGAGCCAGCUGCUUGGUUUAGGGCACGGGUUGCUUAUGCACACACUACUGCAGUUUGGUCCAUGGUUGGGCAUAUUGUUGGCCUUGGUGAUCGACAUGGUGAAAACAUUCUUUUCGAUUCUACCACAGGUGACUGUGUUCAUGUUGAUUUUAGUUGCCUGUUUGACAAAGGCCUGCAGUUGGAGAAGCCUGAGCUGGUACCUUUCAGGCUGACUCAGAACAUGAUUGAUGGCUUAGGCAUCACUGGUUAUGAGGGAAUAUUCUUAAGGGUAUGUGAGAUUACACUAUCAGUAUUGAGGACACAUCGGGGGACUUUGAUGAGUAUUCUUGAAACCUUCAUCCAUGAUCCUCUUGUAGAGUGGACGAAAUCUCACAAGUCCAGUGGGGUAGAAGUUCAGAAUCCACAUGCACAGCUAGCCAUCAGUAAUAUUGAGGCAAGGUUGCAAGGAGUAGUUGUUGGUGUUGGGGCAGCUCCAUCUUUGCCUCUCGCUGUUGAAGGUCAGGCUCGUAGGUUAAUUACUGAAGCAGUCUCACACAAAAAUCUUGGGAAGAUGUAUAUCUGGUGGAUGCCAUGGUUUUAGUAAUUGAAUCAUUCUAGAGGUUCAUUUUGCAGUAAAGUUGAAGCAACAUCAUCUUCCCUUCUAGGUUUUAAGGUCAGGCUCAUCAGUUACCGUUGAAGCAGUGUUACAGAAAUUUGGGAUGUUCUAGUAAUGGUGGAUACCAUAUUUGGGUCAGGAGAGAUGGGUAUAGAAGAUUGUAGAAGAAAUAGAACAGUCUGUUUUUGCAGGUAGACAAUUGAAGACCCGAUACUUCAGAUAGUUAUCCAACUUUGCCUUUCGCAUAAUUUCUUAAGAUGCUGGAUAGAAAAUGAAUCUUAGCAUAUGAUAUCCUUCUGGUUUAUGAUUUUUGGAUAUCACAAGGGGGACUACUUGUAAAGAGUCUGGGCAUUGUCAUGUUGUCUCUAAUCAAGGAUAUGGUCUACAGCUUGUAUACUAAAUCGUGCCUUUGAUGGCCUUGACAGUGGGUGUUCUCUGGAGUUGCAUUUGUAAUUUGUAGCAUAUUCAACUUGGAUUCUCUCCUUGCGAUGAUGCACCAUGCUCUAUAGCCUUUUUGGGGAUUUUGUCAGGGCCUGGGUUGGAGGAGUAAAUAGAGGAUCCGAUAUAUAUAUAUAUAUAUAUAUAUAUAUUUUUUUUUUCUUUGUACAUAUUUUGAGUAGGGAUGCGUAUUUUUCUCAUAUGUGCUGUGUAAUGCUAUAUAUUUUGUAUAGUAUAUAUAUAUAAACAUAUAUAUAUAUAUAUUUUUUAAAUGCCAA